UUAUCACCUACAAUAGUCCCGCACAAACCGGUGAAGUUAAUUCAAUGUGAUCCAAGAUGGCGUACAUGCAAACUAAAGCGAUCACUCAUGCAUCAAGAGUUCGCCGUCUCUACAAACAAGCUAUCCGAAGUUUGGAAGCCCAAUACUGUGUGAAACCAUUAGAAUUUCGAUACCAUGCAGUUGUUAUGCGCGCCAGAUUUGAUUCACACAAAAAUGAAGUAGAUAUGAGAAAAGCUAAAAAAUUAUUGCUUGAUGGAGAAAAUGAAUGCUUUGAAAAAAGUCUCGCGCAACCAAUGCAAUUUCCAUUUUCACCUGGUGGUGUUGCUUAUAAUAGAGUAGCUCUGGUUCCAGAUAUGAUACUCGACUCCUGGCAUCCAUUAGAAAAGGCUCAAUAUCCAGAAUAUUUUGCAAGAAGAGAAGUUCGAAAAAGGGAAUUUAUUGAAAGGUGGGAAAAAAAAUAUGGAAAAUCAACGACUGCAGAUGCAUGAAAAUAAACUUGGUGAAAUAAAGAAAUAUAGGACAAUAAAUUAUAUAGACAAAGUGUGUUUUUCCUGGAAUAUACCAUAAUAAGAAACAUAUUAAAAUGUGUUUUUGUCUGGGAAUAUUCUGUAUUUCAGAAAGAUGCAAUUGUAUGAACUAGUAUACAUUUGUGACAGACAAGGAAAUGCUAAUAGUAAAGAUUAUUAACUCUGAUAGUGCUAUACUUUUAAAUGAUCAUCUGUACAAUUUGAAUUAAAAAUGUUAAAUCUUAA